AACAGGUGCAAGGGUAGUGAAACAUGGCGGUCGUCUGGUUUCUUCUCGCUUCAAUACUCGCCGAGACUACCCUGGUACUGGCCGACGACCUCUGCUACUGGGAUGGUCACUACAAAACCUGCUACGGUGACUUCGCAUAUUGCUGCGGACUACAUGAGUUUGACUGUUGUGACGACGGCUACUAUGUGUACAGCGCCUGGUGGUUCUGGAUGAUUUGGGUGUUUCUCAUCAUCUUCAUCACGGCGUGUAGUAUUGCUGUACGGAGGCGCUGCCUGGCGACCCACACUGGUACUGUAGUUGUCCAUAGAGUCACCGUGCCACCACCGGGGGCCUGUGUCAGCACAGGUACUACUGUCUACGGGACAACGUACGGCACACAACAUCCUCAAUACAGCGCUUCUGCGCCGCCUAUGUACCAAACCCAGUCAGACAAGCAGCCACUCUUAUAUGAUUAGAAUGACGUCACAUCGUCAAAGGACACACCAGAGGCAUGGGGAGUCGGACCAUGUUGAGACCAAGACCAAGACUCUCGCUUAUGACAAGUACUCGCCAAGUACUUUCUGUAAAGGGUCCUUUCUGCGCUGGUGCUUAUUGUAUACGUAGUUGAACAGUAUAACUCUAGAGGCUCUGGAGAUGUGAUGUAUGAUUAGGUUUUCGAACUGUAUCUACUAUAAUUUGACCUCCUUCGGUCAGUAACGACUAUGGCAAAAUCCUAAUUCAUAUCAGCAUUACAGCUUCGGCUAUGGCUAAAAACAGUACUAUACGAGAAUGAGAGUCACUGCCACAUAUGGCACAUCUGUAAACUGACUAAGGUCUGUUGCAAGGAUCCUCAGAUUUCUCUCUUCUUCUGCCAUGCGCAUCAGUCUGGCUUUUCUAGAUUUGAGCUGCCUGGACAGUGUGCAUCUCCAGCUGGAUCUGUCAUUUGCAAGGUCCUCCCAGUGCUCUUUGUCGAUAUCAAUGUCAAUAUCUGCUGGAUUGUGAUAUGUCAGAUGUUUGCUUACUUUUGACUUUGUUUAAGAGCAAUCAUGAGGAGGCUUGUCCCAUAACGAUGUUUUAGGAAAGAAGCUUUCAUCUGCAGUGCGAAAUUUCCGCCUGAGAGGUUGAUUAUGGAAGAAGAAGGGAUGAUUUGCUUCCGUAUCCAUGGAAGUUGGAAAACGUGUUCGCUCAAAGGGCGCGUAGUGGAGUGUACUAGUUAGUGUGUACUAGUCUCUACCAGACUCCCGCCUGGCCGAAUAUGGGGACUUUGGCCAAGUUAGGUAUAAAAGCCCAGUAGGAGUCUAUUGACCUAAGAGUGUUGACCGACCUUAUUAGGUUACAAACUGUACUGGCGUGUUUUCUAUCUUAUUUGGCCAAUUUGUACUUAUUUUUCCAGCGUCCUGUGGAGCCUGGUAGAGGCUAACUGUGUACGACCGGAGCAGAAAAAUGAUAUAAAGGAUGCAACAUAAAACAACACAAAUGAAAACAACUGCUGUGAUUUUCAAGAGUGGUGUAUUCAAUGCUCAAGCUCACUAUACAAAGAAAAUUAUCAAACAUGCUAUUAUUGAUAAUAACUAUUGUACAAACCCAUGCUUUAUAGCUUAUUACAAACAAAACAAAUUGUUCUAAAAGGUACUUGUGGAUCGUAAUAAAGUCAAGUCAAAGCAUUCGUAUACAAGGAAAAUGUAAGAUAAAUAUAUCGCGAAUUAAAGAUAAAAUAAAACACUUCUAAAUCUAACACUACAUUAUUGAACCUUGAGGAAAUGUUUUGGGUAGUUUGGUCCAUGUAAUAUAUUCCACUGUAUGUUAUUUACUUUUUCUCUCAUGUUUAGAAAUGCUUACAAAAUAAUUGACCACUUCCUGUGUAUCUUUAUCAUGAUUGAAAUGAUUAGAUCCAAGGAAUGGAUUUUUCCAUAACUGUUGUGCAACUCCAAAUUUUCUUGAUUAUGUAAAUUAUACUCUCAUCUGCAUUAUCAAUAGCUUGAAACAUUGUUCCCAUAACCAAGCAAUAACAAAGUAAAUUAGAUGAAACUAUGCCCAAUAGUAUUUGUCGAAUUAUCCCUAUUGAAAGUUAAAAACAAAAACGUACUUGCAGUUCCAAUUGAAUAUGCUAGGUGACAUCUACCACGGCAAACCCGGAAUAUCAUGUCAUAAUCAAAUAAAGACGCUGGUGGCACAACAACUCAUUAUUUUGUCCGUAGCUAAGAAA